UUUUGUCCCCAGUAUGCGAAACUAGCAGAAAGUGAAAGGAUGGAUUGAUCCUGUGCUCCGCGCAGCGCGCAGUGGUUGUUGUUUUGGUCCCAUCUGUUUUCCCUUUGUUUUGACAGAGGGAAGUUGGGUAUCCUGAUGUGCUCGCGUGUGCGCAAGUGUCGUUGCAAGUGCGUGCGGGCACUUUGUGCCCAGAGCAGGGACGGGGGGAUCAGAAACAGCUAAAACAGCUACGAGCGACGAUGGCCAACAUGGUGUGAGUUUGUGAGAUUGUGUGCCACCAUGGUGUCCGCGAGGGAUCCUGUGUGGGCCGUGGUCAGCUUGUUGCACCUCGUGGCUCCCCUGCUGUCAACGCCUGUCGUCCAGCAAGGGAUGCCACUGGGUGACAUGAUCCGGUACUCGGAGCCGGCACGCUACGACGCCCACGCCCUGCGCGUCCAGCACCGCCGCCUCCGACGCAGCCUGCUGACACGGCCCUCGGCGCAGCGGCCGCCCCCGAACCACGACCCCGGGGGCGGCACCGGGGGCGGCACCGGGGGCGGCGACGGAAACCACCUCACGCUCAACUUCACGGCGCACCACCGGGACUUUCGGCUGCACCUGAGGCCCGACACCUCGGUCUUCGCGGACGACGUGGCAUUCGAGGGUCCUCACGGCGCGCUGCACUACGACACCACCAGGGCCUUCACCGGCACGCUCGAAGGCGAGGACGACACGCUGGUGCAGGGCGUGGUGACGGCGGACGGCCUGUUCGACGGCUCCAUCCUGACGCCGUCCGAGGAGUACUACGUGGAGCCGGCGGCGCGCUACCUGCGCGAGGCGCCGUUCCACAGCGUCAUCUACCGCUCCUCGGACGUGGCCGGCGUGGCGGACGGCGGCUGCGCGUCGCAGCGCCUGCACGAGCGGCGCACGCGGGACCGGCGGGACGCGCGGAGCGGGCGCCGGGAGCGCGUCAAGCGGUGCGAGGAGAGCUUCGGCGACCUGAGCGCACACGAGCCCGCGCGGCCGCGACAGUACCCGCGACCCGAACCGCCACCACCCACCGCCGCCAAGCCCGCCGACGCGGAGCGCGAGCCGUCCUCGCUGGAGGACUACAGCGAGCCCUACAACACGUACAGCCUGAACAAGCCGCACAGCAGCAAGGGACAGGGCCUCGGCCACGGCCUCGGCCACGGCCUGGGGACCGGCCUCGACACGCAGCCCCCGGACAACUCGGUGCGGGUGCCCGUCAAGGGGGAGAACGCGACAGGACGGUCGCUCGAGUCCAAGACCGCCCUGCCGGAGAACGUGGGCAAGAUCGUGCUCUACAACCACACGAUCCUGAUCCGGCCCAAGCUGGGGCCCGGCGGCGAGGAGGAGACGGUUGACGUGGAGCACACGGACAACCUGGCCGGCAAGGAGCCGCAGGUGAUCCCCUACUCCAAGGUGCUGUCGGGCUACUACCUGCCCGAGGACGACCCGCGCCAUUUCAACAAGCGCGCCACGGCCGUGGACCCCAAGAAGACGACGUGCAUGCUGUACCUGCAGGCCGACCACCUGUUCUACCAGAAGUACGGCACGGAGGAGGCCUGCAUCGAGGUGAUGACGCGCCACGUGCAGCGCGUCAACGCCAUCUACCGCUCCACCGACUUCAACCAGGACGGCAAGCCGGACAACAUCAGCUUCAUGAUCAAGCGCAUCAAGGUGCACUCGACGGACGCGCUCAACGACCCGUCGUACCGCUUCCCGGACAACUACGGCGUCGAGAAGUUCCUGGAGCUGUUCUCGGAGGAGGACUACGACGCCUUCUGCCUGGCCUACAUGUUCACGUACCGCGACUUCGAGAUGGGCACGCUGGGGCUGGCGUGGACGGGCGACCUGAAGAACGCGGGCGGCGUCUGCGAGAAGAACGGCCACUACCGCGGCAGCCUCAAGUCGCUCAACACGGGCAUCGUGACGCUGCUCAACUACGGCAAGCACGUGCCGCCCGCCGUGUCGCACGUGACGCUGGCGCACGAGAUCGGCCACAACUUCGGCUCGCCGCACGACCCCGAGCUGUGCACGCCGGGCGGCGAGGACGGCAACUUCAUCAUGUUCGCGCGCGCCACCUCGGGCGACAAGAAGAACAACAACCACUUCUCGCCGUGCUCGCUCAACAGCAUCAACCCCGUGCUGAACGCCAAGGCGCGCAGCGCCAAGGGCUGCUUCACGGAGCCGCAGACGGCCAUCUGCGGCAACGGCGUGGUGGAGCCGGGCGAGGAGUGCGACUGCGGCUGGGAGGAGGACUGCCGCGACAAGUGCUGCUACCCGCAGCGCCGCUACCCGCCGCCGGGGGAGCCGCCCUGCCGCCUCACGCCGCGCAGCCUGUGCAGCCCCUCGCAGGGCCCCUGCUGCACCGCCGAGUGCGGGCUGCGCUUCGGCGACAAGUGCCGCGACGACAACGGCUGCCGCGACUCGAGCUUCUGCGACGGCCGCGGCCCGCACUGCCCGCCCUCCGUCAACAAGCCCAACAAGACCAUCUGCAACGACGAGUUCGUCUGCUUCAUGGGGGAGUGCACCGGGUCCAUCUGCCUGGCGUACGGCCUGGAGUCCUGCCAGUGCAUCCCCGGGCCCACCGACCCGCCCACCAAGGCGUGCGAGCUGUGCUGCAAGCAGCCCGGCGACUCCAACCCUUGCCUAUCGUCGUUUCUGUGGAACUCUGUUCCGUACGAUGUACCUGAUAUGUUCUCCAAGCCCGGUACUCCUUGCAACGAUUACAAUGGCUACUGUGAUGUCUUCCAAAAAUGUAGAGAGGUCGACCCGUCGGGACCACUCGCCACUCUCCGAAAACUGCUUCUGUCGGAGGAGAGUAUAGCUAGUUUCAAGAAAUGGGUGUCGGACAAUUGGUACUUCGUGGUGCUCAUCGGCGUCGUUUCCCUAAUCAUCCUGGUUUUGAGCGCAAAGUUCCUGGCGAAGCGUCCCGACGCCAAGCUGCUGGCCGUCACCAUCAUCCACAGCUCGACCACGGAGACGGUGCGGCUGCCGGGGGAGGGCCCGGGGGGCGGUGCCGGGGGCGUGGGGGCGCAGCCGACCAUCGUGCACCCGGCGGCGGCGCGCAAGCUGCCGUUCAAGCGGCGCGUCCGGCUGGACCGGCGACGACGCAAGGACGGCCGCAACAAGACUGCGCCGGCCGCGACCCAGGGGACCCAGGGCGCUGCUGCCGGCGAGGCCGAGGCGGGUGAGUCGGCGCCGCACUCGCCGCGCAAGUCGUCCUCGAGGCGGCCCGGCCCCAGCACCAAGCUCAACGUGAAGAAGGCGGCCAAGCGCGCCAAGAAGGAGGUGAUCGACUACAGCGCCAAGCAGAGCCCCAGCUGCAGCGACCAGGACAAGGUGCUCGGCGGCAGCAGCCCGCUCGCCCUCACGCCCAGCGACGACCCCAUGGGCAAGGUGCAGAACUGGCUGCUCAGCUCGCAGCUGCAGCAGCGGCCGGACGUGGAGGCCCCCGUGCAGCCCACGGGCCGGCUGGACGCGGACCGGGUGCGGCUGCAGGUGCUCUACAAGACGCCCUUCAAGUUCCGCCUCAAGCUGAAGGGCUCCGGGCCCUCCGGCGUCACGACCAAGCUCAGUGCGGACCGCGUGCGCAAGCUGCCCCCCACCCCCAUACAUAUUAUGUUUCUUUCCAUUCUAAUCUUCUGCAUGUGCCCUUUAACAUUUAGAAGAUUUAAGUCAAGUCAAAAGAACUUAGGGGAUGCUGACUAA